AUGUCUUUCUUCGACGGAAUCCCAGUUGCCCCACCAAUCGAAGUCUUCCAUAAAAACGCUCUUUACCUCAACGAGACUGCCCCGGUGAAAGUCAACCUCACUAUUGGAGCUUAUCGUACUGAAGAAGGACAGCCAUGGGUGCUUCCAGUCGUCCAUGAGACUGAAGUUGAGAUUGCCAACGACACCACCCUCAAUCAUGAAUAUCUCCCAGUUCUUGGACACGAGGGAUUCCGCAAAGCUGCCACUGAAUUGGUUCUUGGAGAGAACUCUCCAGCUAUCAAGGAAGGACGCUCCUUCGGAGUUCAAUGCUUGUCAGGAACAGGAGCUCUCCGUGCCGGAGCUGAGUUCUUGGCUAGUGUCUGCAACAUGAAAACCGCUUAUGUAAGCAACCCAACUUGGGGAAAUCACAAGCUUGUCUUCAAGAAGGCCGGAUUUACUGCUGUCAACGACUACACCUUCUGGGACUACGACAACAAGCGUGUCCACAUUGAGAAACUUCUUGCCGAUCUUGAGGCCGCACCAGAAAAGUCUGUGAUUAUUCUUCAUGGAUGCGCGCAUAACCCAACUGGAAUGGACCCAACUCAAGACCAAUGGAAGUCGAUCUGUGAGGUGAUUAAGAGAAAGAACCUCUUCACUUUCUUCGACAUUGCCUACCAAGGAUUCGCUUCUGGAAAUCCAGAUGCUGAUGCAUGGGCUAUUCGUUAUUUUGUUGAUCAAGGAAUGGAGAUGGUCGUUUCUCAAUCGUUUGCCAAGAACUUCGGACUCUACAAUGAGCGUGUCGGAAACUUGACCGUCGUUGUCAACAACCCAGCCGUCAUUGCUGGAUUCCAAUCCCAAAUGUCUUUGGUUAUCAGAGCCAACUGGUCCAACCCACCAGCCCAUGGAGCCCGCAUUGUCCACAAGGUUCUCACUACGCCAGCUCGCCGUGAGCAAUGGAAUCAAGCUAUUCAAUCGAUGUCAUCCCGUAUAAAGGAGAUGAGAGCUGCUUUGUUGAACAAAUUGACUGAGCUUCAGACACCUGGAACUUGGGGACACAUCACUCAGCAAAUUGGAAUGUUCAGUUACACUGGACUCACUGCCGCUCAAGUUGAUCAUCUUAUUGCCGAACACAAAGUCUUCCUUCUCAGCGACGGCCGCAUUAACAUCUGCGGAUUGAACACGAAAAACGUUGACUACGUCGCCAAGGCUAUCGAUGAAACCGUCCGCGCUGUCAAGAGCAACAUCUGA